AUGAGUAAGAGGCCGAAGUGCUCAGUAAAGCUUCCUUACUUAGAAAUUACCUCUCCUAUCUGUCAACACGGCUUUAGUCAAUACAAUACCAGAGGUUCCUGCAUAGAAACACCGUUAGAAAUAUUACCCCCUCCGAAAGUCACUCACACCAAGUUGAUGCUCUUUGAUAAUCAUGCUGUUCUAUUAAUUCGUCAACCUUGCCUUCAAAUUACUGGUCUAUUAGGAAUGAGAUUGAAGUAUCAGACGUGCUACCUCUUGCUCUCACUAACUUAGUGGGCAAGACAUAUCUUUUUAAACUUUGUUUACAAGCAUGAUACUUACAAAAUCUUGAAAAUCAUCACAAAUGAGGAGUUGAUUAAUAAAUUUAUUGUGAGAGACUCCCUCAUGUAUAUUUAUAUGCUGAUAGUUAGCAAUGGCUGUGUAAUAAAAAUGGAGAAAUCGCUCUAAUAUAUAACAUCCUAAAGGAAGGUGAUUGGUUUAAGAUAACUAUUUUUAAAAUAAUUCACGCUUUCGACAUAAUAAAAACGAUAAGGAACAAAUACUAUAUCAUUUUUCAAAAAGGCUACAACAAUUUCCAAGAUUAAACCACUGUCAGAUUGUAACUUCUUUUGUUUUGCCAACUAUCGGAACAUACUACGCGGGCUUUCUCACCCAAUGUUUACUAUUGGUAUGUUCUUUAUAUUCCUAAAUUUUGUUGAUUCUCUUGAAUUUGUUAAAAACUGAAGAUUCUGUUGUUAUAUUAUCUAACUUAUGUUUCUCAAUUACUUACAGGCUAAAUGAAAUCAAAUGUGUUGGUUAUGAAAAUCUUGCCGAUGAAUUAAAUAAGUUUUGAUGGUUUACCGACACUAAUAUAGUAAUGUGUGUUUUAAAGUUAUGGAGAAUUAAAUGAAAACUAAGUAAUUUUUAAUCAAAAUAGAAUAGAUAUUUAUUUUAAUUUUCUCUAUUCUUUUUACAAACAUUACAUAAUAAAUGUUAUCUUUAUUAUUUAGGUGGUUUUACAGAUAUUUCUAAUAUAUCAGGAUGCUCUCAAAUUUUAUUUGAUCCUCAAAUUCCAGAAAUACAAUCACUCAGAUUCAUAUAAGUAUUUAUAAUUACAUUUUUUUUUAAUUAUUUGUAUAUAUUACAUAUUACUGAUACAUAUUUUAUAAAUGAACAGAAAC